ACCUCAUCACCACCAUCCUCAGCAGCCACACGGCGCUCCUGCUCUCUCCUCUUUUCACUUUCUCACCCUCUUGCCGUCCAGUUCUCGCUCCGUUUUGGCGCCUGAGACCACCUUCUCAGCCUCACAGCUGUUCCAAGACUACCGCAAGCGUCGGUAGCGACUCACACUGACCCCGACGACCUUGAUUGUCGUCACUAGCAGCGUCGACCUGGGCAAGCUGUCGCCCGCUGGCAUUCAGCAUGCCGUCCUUUAACCCCUUCACAUCUGUCGCUGGGCGCAAUGCCUGCACGUUGUUCGAAAUUCGUCUUGAGAACGACUUUAUUGUCCUGCGCGGCAAUGAGCACGAGGCCACCAGCCAGAUCCUCAAGGGACAGGUCGUCCUCUGUCUUCGGGAACCUCUCAAGGUGGAAGACAUCCAUCUGCGGUUGACCGGAAACUGCAGGGUGGCUUGGGUCGAUGGCAAGCAGACACCAACUGGUAUUCACACUCAAAAGGUGGACCGGACCACCACGAUCUUGCGUCAUUCUUGGCCGCCCUUCGUUUCGGACCCCACGAACCAUCACCAUCAUCAGACCCUGGCUCCCGGCAACUACGAAUGGCCAUUCGAGUACAUCCUGCCCGGGGACACCUCCGAGAGCAUCGAGGGCUUGACACAGACUGGAAUCUCCUAUGCACUCAAGGCGACCAUCUCCCGUGGCAAGCUCGCCAAGAAUGUCCACGCUUACAAACCUCUCCGAAUCAUUCGCACGCUCGAGCCAGCUGCCCUGGAGUUCAACCACGCCAUGAGUGUAGAGAACAUUUGGCCCAACAAGAUUGAGUACUCGGUCAACAUUCCCCAGAAGGCAGUGGUAUUCGGCAGCAAUGUGCCCAUCGAGAUGCGUUUUACGCCACUACUGAAGGGCCUCGAGAUGGGGCUCAUCACCGCGAAACUUGUCGAGGUUCAAGAAUUCAGCAUCUCAAACGUCGUGUCGGGCGCCACCUCAAAGACGCACAAGCACGAGCGCGACAUCAGAACAUGGACCAUCGAAGUCACCCGCGAGGAGCACUGGCAGGACAAUGUCGAGGAGACGGGCCAGGAGGGCUGGGCGGUGAAGAAGGAAUGGCCUCUUCCCAGAAAGCUCACGCAGUGCCUCCAGGACUGCACAGCUCACGGCAUCAAGAUCCGACACAAGAUCAAGCUGACGGUAGCGCUCAAGAACCCUGACGGCCACGUGUCUGAGCUCCGCGCCACACUUCCCGUGACCGUCUUCAUCUCGCCCAACAUGCCCCUUGAUGAGCAAGGAAACCUCCUUUCUCAAGAACCAAGUGCCGAAGCCACAAACGACAGUAGCGACCCCGCUCGCCUGGCUCCUCCGGGAUAUGGCCAGCACGUCCUCGACCAGCUGUACGAAGAUGUCGACCCUAACGGCAUCAUCACCCCGCCCGCCUUGCAAAGCGGUUUCAGUAGUCCGAUGUACGCCAUGUCUCGUGCCGGUUCCCACGAGAAUUUAGCAAUGUUGGGUCAGAUUGGAGCUGUUGCACCUGCGGCGCUGUCGUCUAGGUUACAACAGCACGCGCUCAACGAGUCAAAUGACAAUCGGCGCAGCGGCCACUUCAACAGCAGUCGAGCUCGAUCUGGUGCGACCACUCCUCACGAUAUGCCUAUUGAUGGGGAGCCAUCACAGUCUCCUUCGACCGAGCUCUCGCGCAGGACAAGCGAGGAGGAGCACCCCCAAGCCUCUGGCAUUAACACACCACUGGAACCGGAGCACAAUGAGUUUUUGAGCAUGGCGGAGCUCAGCAAGGUGCCGAGUUACUCUACGGCUACGCGCACUCCUCUGCCAAGGACGCCCAGCUACGUUGGCUCCCUAGGACUGCCCGACUACAUGACAGCGAUGAGCGCGCCAUCAACGCCAGCACCAGUGGUCAUCAGUGAUCCAAUGGCAGCCAUCGCUGAGACAACGGGACCUGUAUCAGGAUCUCCGAUUGACAUCGCACCAGUGUCGAGAUCGCCGACAGCGCAUUCACGAGCAAGCUCUAUGGGGUUCAACUUCAUUGCCCAGGCGGGAUCCCCCGGCGAUGCCCACAGCGAUCGACGCGUGCGGAUUUUGCAGAACAGAGCCCAUUAAGGGGAGAAUUUGGAGCAAAACCACCAAGAUGAUCGCAGGCCGAACAUUCUUGACGCAGGGCGUCUCCGCACCCGAUGCAUUAGCGGCAGAGGGACGUCUGUAAACCAUUUUUUUUUUCUUUUUUGAUAUUUCUGGGAGCAAGGUACGGAGUUUUGGACAUGGCGCACACUUUUGGGAAUCAUAUUUUACAGUAGAAUUAGACGGCAGCGGAAGCUUCUUUACUCAACGUUGGGCGGAACCCCUGAAGGAUACCUACGCACCUACUUACACUAGAUAGAGCGAAUGAACCCCACUCGCAGAUCUUGCGAGUUCACUUCAUGAUGGUAGACAUUACGACAAUGCGACAAUGCGACAAUCAAGAAAUGUCCAAG